AUGGAGUUCACCGCCUUCGCAGAGCAAAUCCGGUCCGGUCGCACGGCCAAGUUUCCCGCAAACGCGAAUACCUUGGAGUUUGCCCAGCAACUUGACGCCCAGGAUAGUCUCGGACACCUCCGCAACGAGUUCAUCAUUCCGACGAAGGGUUCUUUGAAGAAGAAGUCUCUGAACGGCACGCUCCCUGACAAACAAAACCUCAAUGGCCACGCCAACGGCGUCAACGGUACCAAUGGCGCCAAUGGCUCGCUAGAGGACGAUGAAACACCCUCAGUCUACUUUUGCGGAAACUCACUUGGAGUUCCGCCCAAAGCAGUGAAAGAGUACAUCCACGCUCAACUGGAGACAUGGGCUUCAAUUGGUGUCAAUGGCCACUUUCAGGGACUUGACAAUUCGCCACUGGUUUGCUGGCAAGACAUGGCUGAGGAUGUCGCGAAGAAGAGUGCGCACAUUGUUGGCGCCUUGCCCGAGGAGGUUGUUAUGAUGAACACCUUGACUGCCAACUUGCAUUUCUUGAUGGCCAGCUUCUACCGGCCGACAGAAAAGAAGCACAAAAUCAUUUUGGAAUGGAGGCCUUUUCCUAGUGACCACUACGCCAUCGAGUCGCAAAUUCAAUGGCAUGGCUUGGACCCAGCCAAGUCUAUGGUCCAAAUCCAACCCGACGAAAACUUUUACAUCUCUACGGAUUUGAUCUUGAAAACUAUUGAUGAGCACGCCGAAGAAACAGCCCUGAUCCUGCUCCCGGGAAUACAAUACUACAGCGGACAACUCUUCGACAUGCCUCGGAUCACUGAAUAUGCGCAAUCCAAGGGCAUAGUCGUCGGCUGGGAUCUUGCUCACGCUGCCGGAAACGUUGAGUUGAAGCUUCAUGACUGGAACGUCGACUUUGCCGCGUGGUGCACCUACAAGUACCAAAACGCAGGACCAGGAUCUAUGGCCGGGGCGUUUGUGCACGAACGGCACGGAAAGGUCGACACCAGCGAAGGGAAGCCAAAGUUCCGGCACAGGCUCACUGGCUGGUACGGAGGCGACAAGUCUGUGCGUUUCAACAUGGACAACAACUUUCUCCCUACCGUUGGGGCUGGCGGUUUCCAAGUCUCAAACCCUUCGGCAAUUGACCUUGCAUCGCUCUCAGGCGCUUUGUCGGUCUUCAGCAAGACGAACAUGACCGAGUUGAGAACCAAGUCUCUCGUUCUAACCGCGUACGCAGAGCACUUGCUUGACACCAUCCUGGCAACAGAAGCCAGCGGCGAGCCACCAUUUCGAGUGCUCACCCCAAGGAAUGCACAUGAACGCGGCGCUCAGUUGAGUGUUCUCUUGAAGGAUGGUCUGUUGGAGCGUGUUACCGAAGAAUUCGUCGAAGCUGGAAUUGUUUGUGACAAACGAAAACCAGGUGUUAUUCGUGUCGCGCCAGUACCGCUGUACUGUACAUUCCAAGAUGUAUGGAAGUUCAUGGACACCCUUAAAAAGGCGAUUGCCUAG